AUGUAAAAUGCACCGUGCCGUUUGAACGGACAACAUUUUUGCGGACGGGCCCUUCGGCGUGGUUGUUGCGGAAGUGAGAAGUCGACGUGGGGACGAAAGGUUGGUCCGCGUUCGAGACCCGAGACCCAGCAGCGGCGCGUCCAAUCCGGGUCAGCGGUGUGUCCCGUGGAAUCGGUCCGCCUGCCUCCGCCCUCCUCCCCCUCGGCGAUGGACGCGCUGAGCCGGGCCGUAUAAAUGGGACCGGGAGCCGACGACGGGCUGUAAUGCUGCGCCGGGUGCGGCAGUCUCUCCGGCAGGUGCUGUUCCUGAUGGCCCGGAGACCGGAUCUCCUCUGCGGGGCUAUCGUGCUCAGCGUCCUGCUCGUCCUGGCUCUCAAGCUCACGUGCAGCCGUGCUAAGAAUGUGGUGGCAGCAGCCCGGCCUCCGGUGCGGUUCUUCUCUGCCGAGGCCCCGAUAGUCGACCUCUACUUGGGUCAGCUGGACCAGGUGGAGCGUCUGAGGAGUGUGGCAGAGGUGUCGCUCAUUUUCUUCUAUGCGCCGUGGUGCGCUCACUCCAUGGCUGCCCGACAGGAAGUGCAGCAGGUUGCUAAGAAGCUGGCCAAACAGGUGCAGUUUGUGGCUGUUAACUGUUGGUACAGUCAGGGGAAAUGCAGGAGGCAAAACCGCCUCUACCAUUAUCCCAUCAUCCAUCUGUUUUAUCGAAGGUUUGGACCCAUCGAGUACAAAGGUCCAUUCGUGGCUCUGUAUGUGGAGAAUUUUAUCCUCAGAGUCAUCACGCCGCUCACUUACCUCCCGUCCAGAGCCACACUAAAAGAGUUCCUCUCGUACCACGAGCCUCGUGUGGUGGGUUUCUUCCAGUUUAACUCGUCUCCUCAGCCGCCAGGGUACAUCACGUAUUUGUCUUCGGCCCUGCAGGCUCUCAAAAGAGAUUUCCACGGAGUCAUACGUUUCGGGGUCGUGACAAACAAACAGGUGGCCGAGGCCAUCUCACUAAAAGAAGAUCAAAGUGUUUAUCUCCACAGAAGAUUUAACUCCUCUUUGAUUUUCCCUCGACUGGAACGUAACUUCACGUCACAGGCCAUCUGCAGCUGGGUGUUCGAACACCGUGAGACCGUCCUCCAGUGGCUGCAGCCGCCGGGAACAAAGUCCCGCCUCCUGGAACAGGAGCUGACUAAAGGUCCGGCGCUGCUGCUCUUCCUGCCGCACGAUCCGCUCUGCUCCAAACCCAAUCCCAUCCUACACCAGAUUGCUGACAUUGCUCUGCGUUACCAUUCCUGUGACAUUAAUAACAACUCCGGCUCGGACGGGAGAUCCCACUUGCUGUGCUGCCAGUCGGUUCUCCUCCCAGAGUCCAGGACAAGUGUGUGUGAGGUGUGUCUCAGCUUGUCAGGACAGAGUCGGAGCAGCUCCUCCGUACGCUGCUCGUUCCCCUCCACAGCUCAGGGGGGAGACGUGUUGCGGCCUCAUCUCCAACACUGCUGCCUCCACCGACUUCCUGCUCCUGUGUCCAGAACAACCGCCUCCUCAGUCGGCUGUAGCAACUUUCUGAACAGCUACAGUCCGUUCAGUCAAUACAGUGCCUGCUGCAGAAAAGUAGAACCUCAACUCAAUGACUCACAAGCCAAAGAGGGGCCGGACAUGCCAAGACUCUCCCUCACGCCCCCUCUGUCCAUCCCUCCGUCGUCUGUCACUCAGCAGAGAGGAGACGGCAUCACAGGGCUCCGGUGUCAGACCAACAGGACGCUCAGGUUUUAUCUGCUGGACGUUGCUCUGAACUGGCCUCUGGCCGUGAGGCUCGGAGCGACAGGCAACAGAACCGCUGCCCUUCACCAGGAGGCUGGUAACCCAGGUGACGGGAGCAGCGACCGGUCGUUCGCAGCGAUCGUGAACCUGAAGGACGAGGUUCACUACGUUCUCCAUCGCAGCCCGGCAGCCACACUAACGGAGGCUCUGGAGGCCUUCAUCAGGAACUUCAGUGCUCCGCACAGUGUCUUGCAGAGGCACUUGGUGGGAGAGGAGAACAGGAAGGGAGGUGAAGAGGAAGCCAGGCGUCUCCAGCAGACGUCUCCUCGCCCCCUCAUCACAGAACUGACCACCUCCUCCUUCCUGCCCUCCAUCAUGGAUCUUGAAAAGGAUGUGCUGCUGUUCUACUACACUCAGUGGUGUGGAUUCUGCUCCGUUCUCAACCACAUCAUCAUCCACCUCGCCAGAUUAUUACAGGGAAACAGCACCAUCACCGUGGCCAGGGUGAAUGUAGCUCGCAACGAUCUUCCCUGGGAGUUCAUGGUGGAUCAUGUUCCCUCUAUUCUGCUCUUUCCCAGAUACAGAAAACAUCAGAGUGUAAAGUUUCCAGAAGAUCUUCCCAUCACGUUACCCAACCUCCUGCACUUCAUCCUGCAACACUCUGGCUCUGCACACGAUGCAGACAAACCAGUGACAGCCUCUGACAAGGCCGACGGUUCAGGUCCCACCUCCAUCCUCCGUGCAGAGUUCCUGGCACUGCAGCGGGAAGUCCAAGCGCUGCAUCACGCCCGGGAACGUCUCUCCCAACAGUUGGCGCAGCUGUGGCGCUACAACCGGCGCCUGACAUUUGACACUCGCAGCUUAGAAUCCCAGAACUCUGAGCUGCAGCGGGAGAGGCAAAGCCUGGAGGAGCAGCAUCAUGAGAAAAGCCGGCUGCUCGGGAAAGCGGUGAGACGCCUGCAGGAGCUGGCAGACACCUCUGAGAACCUGCUGAACGAGAACACGCUGCUCAGGAUCCUGCUGAGGGCGCUGAGGGACAGGACGGAGGCUCAGGAGCAGGAGCAGGAGGAGGAGGAGGAGGAGAGUAAAGAGACAGAACAGAAAAGAAGUUAUAUGGCCUCCUAAACACACGUCUGCAGGGAAUCCUGAGGAGGAGACAGCAAGGGAGGACUGGGAGGGACGGGAAAGAAAGCUGUGAUUAGACCUGAGCGGAUAAAAUGAAACUGAGAUGAGGAGCUGAUGUAAAACCUGAGGGGCAACAACCCACAGUAGUAAAUCUCAUCACAGCAGCAAACGAGGAUGAGACGACGGUUACGAUCUGUCGUGAGGAGAAACGUAGCGAGUUGUGAUGAUGGAGGGAAUUAUCCACUCACACUGUAGUGCGGGAAUUCAGUGCCAAGUCACAUGACUCAGUUCUGAUGCUGCGCUUUGAAAUAACCUAAUGUAAAAAAACACUCUGCAGCCAAACUGUCUGUCGUCCCCGAAUCACUGUCAGUCCUCAUCUGAGAGACGCUUUUCAAAGAACGAGUGGUAACAAUGACUUUACUAAAUAUUUAAUUAUUAUGACUACGACAGUUCAGAUGAUAAGUUUGAAUUUCCUCAACACUAACUCCAUCAGUGCAACAACAGAGUCAUGGUAAAGUCGUCACCGCUGCUCAGCUUCUAUUUUCAACAGAAAUUAUUUUUUCAAACUCGUAAUUUAUUCCGGCCGUUUCCUUUUUUGCCGUCUCCCAAUCAGCUACUGUUAGCACUUCCUGAUGUCCUUCAAAAUAAAAGCCAAGCUAUGAAAGAAAGCCUGUCCAAAAGUCCUGGAGGUGCAGGAGUGAUGGUUUUUAUACCGGUGCGUAAAUUCCUGUUUUAUGUAUUUCCAGAUAAUUUUCUUCGGAUGAAUUGUAUAUUUUUGUAAAAUUUAAAUUGAAAAUAGUGACUUCUUAGUUUCUUAAUUUCCAUAUGCAGCGUCGGCACAACCCUGGUUGGUGAAAAUACAACGUGAUAGAAACACACACUUGAAGGAUUAAGUUUCCAUUAAUAAACGGAUGAGAAAUAAAUAUUAACUGAGGUUUUACGUGGGGCAGACUCUGUCGUAUCUGGAAGUUUGUUAUAACACCAGUCGUGUUUAGAAUUUAAACAUCCGUCUCACAGCUGUCUCUGUUUUAAUGAAGUUUCUAUCAAGCUACAUGUUUCUGUCCCGAAGAAGGAAACAGGGGACUUAUUAAAUUAAGUGUCAACCAAUGUUGUGUUUAAAUCAUUGUUGCUUUAAAGCAGCGCUAUGCAACUUUUUUGCCUUAAAAUAGCAGCUUCAUUAAAUGAGUUUGAUGUUUCAGUGAGUGUGAAUGUGGAGAAUGUUUCCUCUUCACCCUGAACGUCUGUUCUAUGUAACUCUGGUGAGUGGGUUCGCUCUCCUGUGAGAACAACUGACUGAGAGUCACAGCUUCAACCGUCGGAAUCAGUUCCAGCAGGUUCAAGAGUGAAGCUGAACUGUUGAUCUGUUAAAAAGACUUAGAAGUUAUUUAAAAACCAGAGUUUAUCUGGAAUAUUCAGUUCGGUUGAUUUCAGCUCUUCUGGUUCAGGAAGCCAGGGAUCAUGGGUAAUAUCCAGCGUUCAGUUGUGUUUCAGUUCAGUGGAAAUACGCAGUUACAUUACAUGCUGCUUUAAAACAAGUCACAGAGGAACGUCUGCGUUACAGUGAAGUUAACAGGUUUGGAGAAUAUUGGAAAAUAAAAACUUCCCUGAGGUCAUUUGAAUGUGACUGUGUGAGGAUUUACAGGAAACUCUCACCUGCUGCUCUGCAAUCCUUUAAUUUAAUGCACAGCUGCAGGUGAGAGUCGGAGAGUUUGGCUGCAGAGUAAAAGGGCUACUAAUGAAGCUGAGGUUUAUUUAAGAGCACUUGAAAUAAUCAGCUGUUUCUGUUUGUGUC